AUGACCAUGGAGCUACUUGAAACCAAUGGAAAAUAUGUUAUACCAUUAGAUACUGUAGACUUAUCACUUCUAUCAACAUUGAAUGUUGCUCCAAAGCAUCCCAACAAUUUAUUGCCUUUAUGGAGUAAAAAUAACUUGACAUUGAGGAAUGAAGAUUGCUAUUUAGAAUUUGAAAUCAAAGAUAAGCAGGACAUCUCUGACACAGAUACAUAUUAUGAUGAAAGUGAAUUUGAAAUAGAUGAUAAACAAGAUAUAUCAGAGUCGGAGGCCACAUAUGUUAGUCCCACAGAAAAUUCAUCAAAUCCCGAUGUCAAUGCAGAAAUAAGUACAAAUUUGUGCAAUAUCUGCAAUAUCGAAGUUCCCCUACCAUAUAUGAAGGAACAUAUAAAUAGUACUAAACAUAAGACAUUCCUAAAAAUAACAGAAGUAGCAUUAGAAAGAGUUAAAAAGCAAGUGUCCCACAACUUCUCUGAUAAAAAUCCUGUCCCGUCAAUGUAUUUUUGUCAAACAUGUGUUACAACAACACCUGUCAAAGACAAAUCCUUCCAUAUGAAAUCAACUGCUCACAAAAACGCUGUUAUAUUAGACAGAAUAUUAAAUGAUUUUUUAAAAAUAUACACACAUGAAGAAUUAGAAACAGAUAACACUGAAUCGGAAAUUGAAACGCCUAAUCAUGAAGAAUUGGAUAAAGUUGAUGAAGGCACAAACAAACCUGAUAUUGAAAAGCCAGUCUACAAUGAAGAUAUUGCCAAGGAAAUAGUUUGGAAUUUGAAACCAGCUACAUUUCAUAAAAUAAAUAAAGAUGCUAUUGUCAGUGGUCGUACAAAUUUAACAGAAUACAUAAAUAAUUUAAAUGCUAAAACUUUAUCUUCACACAAGGUAAAAGAUGUUAAUGGCGAGUAUCUUAUUAUCGAAACAAAAGAUGGCAGUCAGUUAAAAGUGACACACAACAAUUUUCAUGGAGUACUGGCUAUGGGAAAGUGCCAUGCUCAGUGCAAACUGUGUACAGAAAUAGUUAAAAAUUUAGAUGAACAUAUGUGUUCUCAAAAACAUAUUGAGAAGAUAGUACUGCCAAUAAAUGACAAGGAAUGUAUUAGAGAGUUGGAUAAUACAAAAAGCCAUUGCAUUCUAUGUAAUGAGCUAGUCGAAAAUGCCGAUAUCCACGCACUUAACGACAAAAGACACAAAGCGUUAUUGAAAAAUGCCAUCUUGUUUUCUGAAGAGGGAAAUGCAAGCCAAAUAAAAAUUGAAACGCAAACAACACCAAAUAUUACUGUACUUGAAAGUAAUGAUGAACAAGAACCAAAAGAUUGCUCUGCUAAAACUGCCGAUAGUAAUAUAAAUAACGCGCAGUCAGAGCUUGAAAGGAACGAGGCCGUUGUACAAUUGGAUGCUAGUGAAACUGACAGCUCUAAAUCUAAAGCAUUUUUUUGCAGUGUCUGCUAUGUUACAAUUCACAGCAAUAGUAUUCAAUCACAUACUAGUGGUGUUAGGCAUAAAACGAACGAGAAACGCACAUAUCAUUAUCUGUUAGAAUAUUCUAUUAAAGCAGAUAAUUUAAAAUGUAAGGUUUGUAAUUGUUUCGUUGGUACCCACCAUAACGAUCAUUUAAUGAGUACAGAUCAUGCUGAUCGUUACAACGCUUUAUUAGCCGCAAACAAUAUGAUUAAGACGGAAAAAAAUGUUUUUUGCAAAGCAUGCACUAUUUAUAUACGCAUAGAAAAUGAGCUGGUUCACAUUGAUUCCACAAAACAUAAGAAGUUGCUUUUGGAUUGGAAAAGUGGAAUUAUUGACAACCCCACAAAAGGAGAUCUUAGUACAAAAGCCACAGGUAACAAUAGUAAACAACAUUUUUGCAUUGUUUGCAAAGUUAAUGUACCAAACAAUGCCCAUAACAUUCCUCUACAUUAUAAAGGAAAAUUACAUAAAUAUAAUUUAGCUAACUACUUAGACUCAGAAGGUGUUUCUGUCCAAGGAAAUAACAAGAGCGAUAAAAGUGAUAAAAGCACUCUUGGGAAUUUGUCUAAAAAUGAUAAAGAAAAGGCUAGUGUUAAUCCUCCAGCUGAGAUAUUUUCUAAGGACACGCCGUCGGGAAGUUGUGCCAAAAAAGUUCCAGUUGCUAAGCGAAACGGAAAUUUAGAUAUCAAAAAAGAUACAAAUUCAAACUCUGUGACAGAAACAGCUAAUAGAGAAGAUAAUAAAAAUUCGAUAUCCGUUACUAGUGAAACAGUGGAAGAUGUUAUAGAAACCUUAAAUCCGAACGAGUUGAAGUGCAGAAUAUGCUUAGUGAUAAUUCCAAAUAAAGCAAAGAACAUUCAAGAACACCUUAACGGGUACAAUCAUAACAAUAAUGCUAGAAUACUACUGGUACAAAACCGGUUGAAGCUGACAGGAAAUAUGUAUUUUUGUGACGGCUGCCGUGAAUCUGUCAAUGUAGGAGACCAAUUUGAUCACAUAAAUAAGCGAUCCCAUGCAGUGAAUAUGUUUAGAACAUUUACUAACGAUAUCGUAAAUGCCUUUGCAGAAAACAAAGAUCAUACGGAUACCGAGUCAAAUACAGAUAGUACUAUAAUCAAGGGACAAGCCUUAAAAGUUCCUCAAAGCUGUUCAGAAAAAAUACAACCAAAGAAUUAUUUCGAAAUGAAACUUACUGAUAAACUGGGUGAGGUUAACUGCCAAGUUUGUAAUGUGAAAGUACUUAACAGAGCUUCUGUAUUGAAAAUGCAUAUAGAAGGACGAAAGCAUGUCGAAAAAUUGCAAGAAAUGUUGUCAAAAAACAAAAUACUAUUAAAAAAUGACCGCUUUAAUUGUUCAGUGUGUCAGAAGUAUAUGAGGAAAGAAGUUCUUUUCAAUCACGUUAAAAACCAAAAUCACAUAACGGCCCUAGCGAAGACGCCGCCGGAUAGCAUUUGUAAAGUCUGUAAUAUUGUUAUAAUAAAGGGAAAAAUAUGUGAACACGUUUUAACCGCACAUCAUAUUAGCAAUCAAAAGAAAAAAAAUGAAAUAACUAGUCAUUUGUGUGAAAUUUGUGAUGUUCAAUUAACCAACAAUGCCACAAACAUUAACAUGCAUAACGAUGGUUUGCAACAUAAAAACAAUUUAAAACAAUUAGAGGUAAAUAACGUAGAAAUAAAAGAAUGUGAAAUGAAAAAGAAGUGCUACUGCAAUACGUGUGAGGUUUACUUCGCUUGCAAAUCUAUUAAGGAACAUAUUCGUACAUCGCAGCAUUUGGUUUUAUCGGGAUCUGGACUCACGCAAUAA